AUGCUUGAUCAUGUUCUAGAAGGUCAGCAGAGGCUUACUGUGGAUUUCAAGAGAAAGAUAGAUUAUGCCUACAACAAUCUGAAUGCAAAGUUUGACACCUUGAGCGCUCAUGUGAAGAAGUUGAAGACACAAGUGAUUCAGACAGGAGAGGCUAUUAUGAGACAUGAAGCUUUGGUGAAAGGGAGAGAUGAAGAAGUAGUGAGACACCACGUAAAUGCCAUCAUAGAGGAUGAUUUCUGGCAAGUGGUGAAGCAUGAUAAACUUCAUGAGGGCGACUUUGAAGUAGAGAGUGCCAUGAGUAUCAGCAGCCCUCAUUGGUGUUGGCCGACGCUAAGUACUAGUCAUCGAUCGACAUGGGAUGAUGACUAUCGAGCGAUAAUCUUGGCGAACCGUAAGUCUGCAGCGCGGUCAAAGGAGAGAAAGUUGCGGUACAUUGUGGAAUUAGAACACAAAGUGCAGACUCUUCAGACCAAGGCUACUACUUUGUCUGCUCAGGUCACCCUUUUGCAGAGAGAUAUGAUGGGGUUGACAAACCAGAACAAUGAGCUCAAGUUUCGUCUUCAAGCUAUGGAGCAGCAAGCUCAGCUUCGCGAUGCUGUGAACGAAGCAUUGAAUGGGGAAGUCCAGAGACUGAAACUGGCAACUGGUGAGAGCGUAGCUGACAGAUCAAAGAUGCAAUCACUCAACGCAGAGAUGUUCCAGCAACUCAACAUCAGCCAGUCAAGACAGCAGCUGCCUCAGCAGAAUGGAACCGUGUCGACAAAACCUGAAUCGAAUGAAUAACAGAGCUGUUGAGGUUGCUGUCUGGAUCAAGGAAUUGGAGUUUUUAGUUUUUUUUUUUCUUUUUUAAGUUACAUAUCAAUCAGUCAAACAUCAUAUAUCUAUAUCUAUUUUAU